AUGGCCUUCCCCGACCGUCCGCCCUCGCCCCAGUUCGCAGUCGUCUCCCAAUCCGGCUCAUCCAGCCCCAGACCCUCCCAGACGCGCCUCGACCGCUCCACCCGGCCGGACCCACGUGUGUUUGGCCACAUCCCUGGCGCGCCCCCCGCGUCGCGGUGGGAGAAGAGGAUCGACGUCAGCCAGGCCGGCGUCCAUGCCCCUGUCCAGAGCGGCAUCUCCAGCACCGAAGACAGGGGCGGCGCCGAGAGCGUGACCCUCAACGACGGCUACCACGAUGGCGACUGCGGCGACAUCAUCUGGUACAUGGGAUCCGGCGGAUUCGUCCUCGAUGGCCAGAAGAAAUCCAUCAUGCAGAGGGACCAAGACCCCGAGAGCAACACCCAUCGUGCCUUGCGGGCAUCGCUCAGUGGAUACCGUGACGAUGGUCUCUAUGAAGUCACGCGUUUCGAUAUCGUCAGAGAUCCUUCAGGACUCUCGGACUACAGAUUUCUGCUCUUCCGCAUGGAAAGGCUCGAGCGAUAUCGCUACGCCCUCCCCAUCAAAUGGGACAUGCACGGCCGAGCGCACACCAACGAAGGGCGAGACCGGCAACGCACAGAAGAUGCCGGCCUAAAUACCCCCAACAACCUCCUCGAGCGGAGCAAAUCCUUGCCGACUCCUUCCCACCAACGCCCGCCCCUUCAAGACUUGGUCAACCGCAACCGCCCAACCAACCCGCCCCCCGCCGCUACAGCCGCCCAACUGGGAUUCCUACAAAGCUCCAUCACGAGAGAAGCUUUGGGAAAAAUCAAGUUUACUCGCAAGCCGGCUGCUCCGGCUGCCGGCUCCUCCAAAAGGCCUGCAUCCCCUCCUGCCGCCCAGACCCAACUCCCUGCCCCUGCCCGUCCCCCUUCUCCUCGGGUGCAUGAUGUAUGGAUUUUCCGGAAUCAAUUGUAA